GGGACGGGUAGGAGCAUUGAUGGAAGAAGUAGAGGGAAGCGGAACCACGUUAGCAUCAAUGGAGGAGGCUGCAAAGCUUAUUCCCUUGGAUCAAUAUAUAACACUGGGAUACCCGGGGCUUGGAAUGAUUGGCACGAUUAGACCCGCGCCUGAACAACGAGAAGUGGCGGAGUGGCGACCUUCUCCACAAGAGAUGGAGUCGGGAGGACUCGCUUUCGUCACGAGGGAAAUCAAUGUUCUAAACAUCGUGCGAGCCUUAGAUCAUGGAAUCUCCCUUCCGAUCGUCCAUCUGCUUUCAAUAUCAGAACAGGCUAAUGAACUGCGACUCACGUGCACAAGGGACGAAGAGCAUCGUGCCCGGAUCGAGUACUUGGAGUUGCUGAUCAUCCAGGCCUGGAGGACGGACAUGGAGGGCAAUCUUCUCGGAUUCUUGUUCGGAUCGGUGCGGUCCGGCCAUCGCCAACUGAUCGUGCAGGAACUCAUAGUUCCUCUUGCGCAGUUGGUAGACGAUCUCCCCCUUAAGAUCGUCUCGCAGAGUGAUGAGAGCUCCGUCCCGCACGUCCUCACACGAACGCUGACGCCAUACCUUAAGUGGUUAGCGUGUCUGGUGGAGCCGGGAAGCGGCCGCAACCCGCCAUCACAGCGGGGAUAUCUAGACCCACGGGAAAUAAUUGACCUCGCUUUCUUUCAGGAUCGAACGACCCCUGAAGACGAGGAGUUAGCGAUCGAAGAAGAAAAAGAAGAAGAAGAAGAAGAAGAAGAAGAAGUUGAGGAGGACGUCGAGGAAGAGACACCGGAAGAGGGCAGUUAUAGUAAACACAACGAAGGAGAGCAGAGUGAAAGUGAAGAAGAAGAAGAGCAAGGUGAAGAAGAGGAAGAGCUAGAGCUCGAAGAAUCCGAGUGGGAGAUCUUGGCGGAGGAGGUGGAACAAACGGAUGCUCAGGAAGAGGACCCCGAGGCAGCGCGCAAGAGGGAGGAGAUCGCGGCCGGAAAGCGACAGUUGGAAUUCGCCAGCGGAACAAAUCUACAGAUCGCCGACGAUCCGGCCCGAGAUCCGGAGCCGCCCAAGCCCGAAGAUGGAGACCCAGCUGCCGAGACUUCGAGCGCACCGACAAGGCGACGACGAAGCCGAUCCCCCUCCUUUUCCACCUCCGACCGUCCACCAGUUCGAACCCGUACCGAUGCAGGCCAUCGGGCUUCGUCCCCGGUCGUUAUCCCACCGUCCCCUUGACCAUCUCACCCUCCGCCAAAUCACCACCCAUGUCACCUUCCCUCGUAAUCCCUUCCCGAUCGAUACCUUCCGUUUCU